UUGUGUCUCCAUGAUCACGGGAAGGCCACGAUGCUGGGUGGCGGUGUGGGAGUGUACGUCCAGAUCCUGUGCUGUGAUCUGGCUCUCUGGGGGACAUUAUGGGGCUGGGUGUACCUGCUUGGGAGCCCAAGUGAUGGCGGGUUAGCUUGGCUUUGGGCUCUGGGGAUUUUGAGGUGGGCUUUUCUCCACAUGGCCUCCAUAGCAUCCUCCGGUGGAAUGGUCGUGCGUCGCUGGGUGGCAACACAGUGUCUCCUGUGGCCCAUUUUCCGGAGCAGCCAAGUGAUGCUGCAGCCAGGAGCUCUGAGCUACCCGAUCCCUGGGCCUGCUGGGGUGGCCCUCAUCACAGUAUCGGGCAUAGCUGCCUGCCUGUUCUGGGAGCUCACAUUCCCUGAGGCACAGACAGCUGACAGCGUGAAGGAGAAGAAGAAACAGGAGGCCAAAGCACUCUUCCUCAGGGUGGUCCGCUACUCACGACCCGACAUCCUGCACCUGGGCACGGCCUUCCUCUUCCUCAGUCUCGCUGUGAUCUGUGAGACGUUCAUCCCGUACGCCACGGGGAAAGUCAUUGACAUCCUGGGCUCCCAGUAUGAGCAGAGCAAGUUCCUGUCGGCUAUUGGGCUCAUGAGCAUCCUCUCAUUGGGCAGUGCUGUGUGCUCCGGCGUGCGGGGAGGCAUGUUUAUGUGCAGUCUGGCGCGGCUGAACAGGCGGAUGCGGCACAUGCUGUUCCGUAACCUGGUGCAGCAGGAGAUCGGCUUCUUUGAGGAGACCAAGCCGGGGGACCUGGCAUCACGCCUGGAGUCUGAUACCAACUUGAUGGGCAUGUCGGUCGCCAUGAACGUUAACGUGUUGCUGCGCAGUACGGUGAAGACGGCGGGCAUGCUGGUGCUCAUGGUGGGCAUCUCCUGGCAGCUCACUCUGCUCACCUGUGUGGAGAUGCCCCUGCUGGCGGCGCUGCAAAACUGCUACAAUACUUUCUACCAGGCCCUUUCUCAGCAGCUUCAGGACUGCAAGGCGCAAGCCAAGGAGUUGGCAGGGUCUGCUGUGGGACAGGUGCGGACGGUGCGCGGCUGCGGUGCGGAGUCCGCCGAGAUCCGCCGAUACGAGGAAACGCUAUCAGAGAUGCACCGCAUACAGUCCAGCAAGGGCAUCGCCAGCGCCAUCCACCUGCUUCUGCGGAGGAUGGUGACCAUUGCUGUCAAGGUGGGCAUGCUGUUCUACGGUCGUCAGCUCAUCAUGCUCAAUCAUCUGACCAACGGUGGCCUGCUGGCCUUUGUCCUCUACCAAAAAGACAUGGUGACCAACAUGAAGAGUCUGGUCUACGUCUUCGGCACCAUGCUGAACUCGGUGGGGGCGGCCGCCAAGGUCUUCAAGUACCUGGACAGGAAGCCACUGCAGGAGGAGGCAGGAAGCCUGGAACCCGCUCACUUGGAGGGGCGUGUAGAGUUCAGAGACGUCACCUUCUCGUACCCGUCGCAGCCAGACAAGCCUGCUCUGAAGGGCGUGUCCUUGACCCUGCGGCCCGGCAAGGUGACGGCGCUGGUGGGGCCCUCUGGGGGUGGGAAGAGCUCCUGCAUCAGCCUGCUGGAGAGGUUUUAUGAGUCACAGCAGGGGGAGGUGUUGCUGGAUGGGCGGCCACUGCACCAGUACCAGCACAGCUACCUGCACCGCAAAGUGUCGAUCGUCUCCCAGAACCCGGUGCUGUUUUCCGGCUCCGUCAGCGAUAACAUUCGGUACGGCUUGAAGGACUGCUCCAUGGAGAGGGUGGUGGUGGCUGCGGUUAAAGCCCACGCCCACGACUUCAUCUGCAAGCUGGAGGACGGAUAUGACACAGAUGUCGGGGAGUGCGGCGGGCAGCUGUCGGUCGGGCAGAAGCAGUGCAUCGCCAUCGCCAGGGCGCUGGUUCGAGACCCGCGUGUGCUCAUCCUGGACGAGGCCACCAGUUGCAUGGACGCCGGCACGCUGCAGGCAAUGCAGGAACUUCUGUCUGGUACUGCGAGCCAGACGGUCCUGGUCGUGGCCCACCACCUGCAGACUGUGCAGAACGCCGAUCACAUCGUAUUCCUGGAGGGGGGAGUCGUGGUCGAGCAGGGCACUGACAAGGAGCUGAUGGCCCGCAGGGGGCGCUAUCGCAGGUUGAAAGAGAAACUGUUUGAUGAGCAGGCCAGCGGUGACAGCUGAUUGCGCCGGGA